AUGUCCGAGACUCGAGACCUCUUCGGCGGUGCCAUCACCGCCCAGUUCCCCACCGGUUUCCUCGAUGCAAGCCAGCUGCGACAGGUGCCGGACAACCAGGAGGUGCUGAUCCGAAACGACUCCGACGUCAGCUGCAUCAUCGAGGUGCUCCAGCUGGCCACCGAAGAAGGAGCCGGACAGGACCUCGACAAGGCCAUCAGGUUCCACUUUGGAUCCCUCGCCCACGACAACUCGGCCUCGAGCUCCAACAUCGAAAGCGUCCGCCACCUCGAGCCGGCGCCGUCGACGGUGCAGCAUGAGGAGCCUGCUCCCACCCCGAGGCCCUCGCUGCUGGUCGGCACGCAGGUGAUCAAGAAGUUUGGCAAGGCUACGGAGCCGGACGACCUGGUCAGGAUCCGACUGGCGCUGUGGCGCCUCGAGGGCAAGAGCGUCGACCUCGUCAUGAGCCUCAACGAGCCGCUUCCCAGGGGCACCGCUGCUGAGGCGGCCCCCAGCGCGGACCUCGAUGCCGCCUUCGAGCAGGCUGCGGCCAGCCUCAAGAUCCGCGACUGGUCGCUCUUUGCUUGA